GGUUGGGCGCGGUGGCUCAUGCCUGUAAUCCCAGCACUUUGGAAGGUGGAGGCGGGCAGAUCAUCUGAGGUCAGGAGUUUGAGACCAACCUGGCCAACAUGGCGAAACCCCAUCUCUACUAAAAAUAGAAAAAAUUAGCCGGGCGUGGUGGCGUGUGCCUGUAAUCCCAGCUACUGGGGAGGCUGAGGCACGAGAAUCACUUGAACCCGGGAGGCGGAGGCAGAGGUUGCAGUGACCCGAGAUUGCAGCACUGCACUCCAGCCUGGGCCACAGAGCCAGACCUGUCUCAAAAAAAAAAGAAAAAAGAAAAAAGAAAAAAAAAAAGAGAGAGAGAGAGAGAAAGAAAAGGAAAGAAAAGAAAAAGAAACAUUUAUUGAUUACCUACUAUGUGCCAGAAGCAAACUAAGAGACAAAGAUGAAUAAGACAUGGUUCCUGCCCUCAAGUUUACUUCAGAGGUGGGGGAGAGAAAGUGGCAGAUAGUAACGUUGCCUUAAGGUAAACAUAAUAAUUAUCAUAUUUAUUAAACAAUCUGGCUGGGCGAGCUGUUUGGAAGGCCCAGGCGGGUGGAUCACCUGAGGUCAGGAGUUCCAGACAAGCCUGGCCAACAUGGUGAAACCCUGUCUCUACUAAAAAUACAAUAAUUAGCUGGGCUUGCUGGCUCCCGCCUGUAAUUCCCGCUACUCGGGAGGCUGAGGCAGGAGAAUCGCUUGAACCUGGGAAGUGGAGGUUGCAGUGAGCCAAGAUCAUGCCAUUGCAUUCCACCCUGGGCGACAAGGUCCCCAUCAGUCCCCAAAAAAUAAAUAAAUAAAAAUAAUCUGUCACAUUAACUUACAGUUUUCCAGCACUAUACGGUUUGUCUCCUUUAUAGCUAUUUCGUUUGGACUUCAAGAAAACAUGAAAAAGGUAGAAAAUAGAUUCAGAAAGUUUAUAACCUGCCCUGAAUUACACAGCUGAUCAGUGGAAAAGCCAGAAUUAAAAUUUAGGCUCCAAACUCCUAAGUUAAUACUUUCUAAUAGAUUCUGGUAGGAACUGGCAAUGUCAGUUUCAUCUAGGCAGACACUGAGAGGUGACAGUCAAAAGCUGUUUUAGUAUGGACCUCUUGUCUCUUGUGCCUCAAAGGAGAUGUAGAUAGUUAAAGGAUGAUUCUCUUUGGUGUGUAAAUAUUUAGCAAAGAAGCUGUUAAGUCAGCCUUCAGUAGGGCGAGGAUUACAUGAGAUAAUUCUUGGCACAUAUGGAUGAGAAGCGUGAGGUGAUUCUGCCUUCACAUUGAGUCCAGUCUCACAUUAGUUUGCAGUAUUUAGUCUCCUUUUCUGAAAUGUCCUGAAAAAAUAGAUAUUUUCGGAUUUUGUUUGUUUUGGAGUUUGUGUUGGCUUUUUUUGUUGUUGUUGUUUUUGUUUUGCCUUCUUAAAUGGCUAAUACAGAUAGUAACUACUGAAGUCAAAAUAAAACUGUAGAGAUGAAUGUCUAUAUUUCACAUUUUAUUUGAGAAGAAAGAACUCCAGUUUGAGGCAUACACACAGACCAGAUGGUAUUCAGUAUGUCCAAAAUACAAAGAGAAGGUUGGAGGUUUUAUAAAAAGACAGAAAUGUUGCAUAUUGCUCUUUGAGAAAGUUCAUUGGCACUAGUAAGUUUCUGGGGAGCUGGCAAGUUUUGACUGGUGAGUGAUGGAGGUGGGUAAAAUUAGUCUUCAAGUUGCAGCAGAUCAUUUCAGCAACUAUAAAACUGGUUUCAGGUAAUAGCAGGCAGUUUCAGCAACCAGGCCUGCAAAGAAUUUUUUUUUUUGAGACAGAGUCUUGCUCUGUGGCCAGGCUGGAGUGAAGUGGCGCUAUCUUGGCUCACUGCAAUCUCUGCCUCCUGGGUUCAAGCGAUUCCCCUGCCUCAGACUCCCAAGCAGCUGGGACUACAGGCGCACACCACCACGCCUGGCUAAUUUUUUGUAUUUUAGUAGAGACAGGGUUUCACCAUGUUGGCAGGAUGGUCUCAAUCUCUUGACCUUGUGAUCCGCCCACCUCGGCCUCCCAAAGUGCUGGGAUUACAGGCGUGAACCACCAUGCCUGGCCUCAACUGCUUUUUCCUGGUGGCUUCUUGACUCUGUUUUAGUUGGGUACGACAAGAAUGACCCAAGUAUGUUAUCAAAUUUCACAAUGAUUAAGAACACGGAGUAAGGGUUUGAAACUUUAUCUCACAGCUUACUAGCUACAUGACUUUGUCUGAGUUAGUUAACCAUUCUGUUCCUCAGUUUCCUCAUCCAUAAAAUGGACUUAAAGUAACUUAUGAUAGCACCUACCUCAUAUAUCCCAUAGGCUUGUUAUGAGGAUUAAAAAAGUUAGCAUUUGCAAAAUGUUUAGAGCAUUCCUGGCACACAGUAAGUGCUGCAUAAUUUCUUGCCAUUGUAAUGAAAUUACAUCUCAAACAACAGCAUAACAUAGCACCGUAGCCACUUUAGAAGACUUGUUAUUAAUAUAAUAUCCCAGGUCUUUUUUAUCUACUUUGAUCAAGAGGUUGUGAAUGUCAAGGUUGAAAUAAGGAAGAAGGGUGUAGAUGAUGUUGUUAGAGAUGCAGAGUGAGAUAUGAGAAAGUAAUGGGUGCCAGGAGUUGGUUAAGGGGGAUUCAGGGGGAGGGUCUGAAGGCCUGGCACAUGUACAGGUAUAUGAUAAUGUAAAAUCAGUAGGAACUUAAAAAAAAAAUUAAUUGCCAUCCUUCCUCCAAAUAUGAAAGUAGAAUACUGUUUCAGAAUGACCUAGUUAAAAAUGCUACUAGACAGCUCAAUUUUAUCUUACCUUAAUGUCUCCAGGAACAAAUAGAUUAAGAAUUACCAUCUCUAAGAAAGACCUAAAAACAAACAAGAAACGUAUGACCUAUUCCAAGUUGAUGAGCUAAAGUUUACUUGGAUGAACACAGGCGAUAUUUCUCUAGUUCUGACGCAUCCUUGAAAUGAAGAGAGUGCAUUCUGACAGGAAUCAGAUGCCGGGUCCAAUCCUCAAAGCAAAUCUCAUCUUCUUAGUGUCACCUUCAUAUUAAAAGCACACCAGGAAGAAGCCAGGUUGGCUGGCAAUGGAGAGGCCUCUGGGGCCUCUGGUCAGACAUGAGCUCUGAGGACUGAGCUGUGCUCAGGUCUGAGGGGCAAGUAGAUAUAGGGAGGCAAAUAGGAAAAUGACGUGAUUUCAUUUCCUUUGAGUGUAUUUUUCAGAAUACCAAGGCCCACUCUCUCUCCAACUUGUACAGAUGUCUGCCAUGUACUUGCAUUCAGACUUUCCCCUUUCCGAGGCAUGUGGAAUACUGAAAUACUUCUAUCUGCUCAGCUACCAAUGUUUCUGCCAUUCCAAGGGAAUCUCAAAAUGAGUCCUUCACUUCUGGAUGUACAUUUAAACUAGUCUCUAGGAGUGACCCACAGACCCACAGGCCCUCUACAUCUUGAAUAACUUGAGUUUAUUUAUUUAAAAUGCAUAUUCCUGGGUCCCACCCACGUCAGUCCCUCUGAAUUAUUAUAGAACCUAAUAGAACCUUUGGAUGUACGGCCUAGGAAUCUGCAGUGAAACAUGCUCCUGUGUUGGUUUUUUUAGUACCCCAAAGUUUGAGAAGUAUUGCAUCUUUUCUGGGAUGCUUAUUUUUUAAACCCUUUUUCUCGCUCCUGGGGCAAAAGGCUUUGGCAACCACCAACUCAUUACUGAUAACAAAGCAGCAGCAAUUAAGAAAGGAUGGAUUCGAGGUUUCAGCUUGAGGGUCAUGAAUUACAAAGAAGAGCUUUGAGGAAGCAGUCUGGUGGGAGGCUACUGUAUAAGGGAUUUGAAUUCCACCUGCUUGGAUGUAACAAGCAUUGUUCUGACUUAAACUUUUUGGUUGGUUUGUCUGAAGUGAAGGGAGAAGAGAAUUGACAGAGGAGCUGUGAUGAGGUGAAAGCCUUUCCAAGGGUCCUGUGACACAAUCACUGAUUAUCUCAGUGAAAAGGUCCCAGUUGCUCUCAUUAAUUCCUAAGUAUUUUCUCAAAAGGCAGAAAAGAGGUAGUAGGUACAUCUUGUCCCCACAGGAAUAUAUUGUGCUUCUGGUAAGUAAUUUUGAAGAUUACUUUCCUCUCUUGGUGCUUGUAAAUACUGGAUAAGAUGUUUUGAUUCAGUAUAAGACCAUACUAUACGCAAGCAUUGUGUGUUAGGCGGCAGGACAAAGGUUCCAAGCCACUAUCCUCUAAGCCAGGAGAGACGCUUCGGAGGCCUGUCUUCCUGGCUGCCCCAGGCCGGCACCCGCUGUCACCGGCAGCGCUGACUCACUGAACUUCCUGCUGCUUUCCCCAGCAGAGAGGGCUGACUCAGAGUCUGCACAUGGGGUCUGCUUCCAAGUUCUUCCAACUGGGCAUAUGCCUCUGCCACUCUCUGACUGUCCUUUGCCUGUGCCAAGGUUUCUGGGAAGAACAGGAAGUUCAGGGAUGGCGGAAAAUGUUUGGCAGAUCCCCUGAGUCCAAAGCCGGAGCACCUGCUCCUGCCUGAGGGCAGAGAGGACUGGUUUUAUGACAACAGAUGAAAGGAAAUUAUUCAACCACCUCAAGUCUCCUCAUCUGAAAUAUUGGGUUCCAUUCAUCUGGUUUGGAAAUCUUGCAACUAAAGCCCGGAAUGAAGGUAGAAUCAGAGACAGUGUUGAUCUGCAAUCAUUGAUGACUGAAAUGAAUCGAUACCGCUCUUGGUGCAGCCUCUUAUUCGGUUAUGACUGGGUUGGGAUUCCGCUGGUUUACACCCAGGUUGUCACUCUUGCUGUCUAUACCUUCUUCUUUGCGUGCCUGAUUGGACGCCAGUUUUUGGAUCCCACCAAAGGCUACGCAGGGCAUGACUUGGAUCUUUACAUUCCCAUCUUCACCCUCCUACAGUUCUUCUUCUAUGCAGGAUGGCUUAAGGUAGCAGAGCAGCUUAUCAACCCUUUUGGAGAAGAUGAUGAUGAUUUUGAAACUAACUGGUGCAUUGACAGAAAUUUGCAGGUCUCUCUUUUAGCUGUGGACGAAAUGCACAUGAGCUUACCCAAGAUGAAGAAGGACAUUUACUGGGACGAUUCUGCUGCUCGCCCACCAUACACAUUGGCAGCUGCUGACUACUGCAUACCCUCAUUUCUGGGGUCAACAGUCCAGAUGGGGCUGUCUGGGUCCGACUUUCCUGACGAGGAGUGGCUGUGGGAUUAUGAGAAGCAUGGCCAUCGGCAUUCCAUGAUAAGAAGAGUCAAGCGGUUCCUGAGUGCCCACGAACACCCCUCCAGCCCCAGAAGAAGAAGCUACAGGAGGCAGACAAGUGACAGCUCCAUGUUCUUACCCCGAGAUGACCUCAGCCCAGCCAGGGACCUACUGGAUGUGCCCUCAAGAAACCCCCCCAGGGCCUCACCCACCUGGAAGAAAUCCUGCUUCCCAGAAGGAAGCCCCACGCUGCACUUCAGCAUGGGAGAGCUGUCCACCAUCAGGGAGACCAGCCAGACAAGCACUUUACAGAGCCUGACCCCACAGUCCAGUGUGAGAACUUCCCCCAUCAAAAUGCCACUGGUACCUGAGGUAUUGAUCACAGCAGCCGAAGCACCAGUGCCCACAUCAGGCGGCUACCACCAUGAUUCCGCUACCUCCAUCUUGAGCUCUGAGUUUACAGGGGUUCAGCCAAGCAAGACUGAGCAGCAGCAGGGCCCCAUGGGAUCCAUCCUGUCUCCCUCAGAGAAGGAGACACCUCCUGGAGGCCCCAGUCCCCAGACUGUUUCAGCCAGCGCUGAGGAAAAUAUAUUCAACUGUGAAGAAGACCCUGGUGAUACCUUUCUAAAAAGGUGGAGUCUUCCAGGAUUCCUGGAGUCCAGCCACACUUCCCUGGGAAACCUAAGUCCAGACCCCAUGAGCUCUCAGCCAGCUCUUUUAAUUGACACAGAAACAUCCUCAGAGAUCAGUGGGAUCAACAUUGUGGCUGGCUCUCGAGUCUCUUCUGAUAUGCUGUAUUUAAUGGAAAACCUGGACACCAAGGAAACAGAUAUCAUAGAGCUGAACAAGGAAACUGAGGAAUCACCCAAAUGAGUGCCACAAAGUUCUAGGACCUGGUUCUAGCCUAGAUUCUUACCUCCCCAAAAGCAGCAUAUUAGGCCCAGGACAUACCUGAAGGCUGGUCGACUUUUUAAAAAACAUGAUCACACUGUAUAAGCUACUUAGAACUUUGAAGGGCAUUAUGAUCCUGACUUUUUGAGAGCUGCGAAAAAUCAAACGCAUUCACGUCAUCCAUCACAACAUGGCUUUCAUCGGAAGUUACACAGACCACAGUGAUUUAGCCAAAUAAGUCUUAACCAAAAAAAGGAAUCUGAAAAACAUACAUGACUUAUAAAUUCAUAGAUUAUUAGUUGUGGAAAGAGUCUCAUAGAUCAUAGUCCAAUCCCCUAGACCCAAAGGCCCAGACACGCAGGGUUCUCUAUUUCUCUUCUUUUUUCUCUUUCUUUUUUUCUUUAGCCAUAAAGAAAGGAGAUGGAUCACCUAAUGCCUGAAAGACCCCCUCCUUCCUAACGUUUUUGUUUGAGGCUUUCUAACCAUCUCAUUCCUACUUUUAUAACUAUUAUUGUUAUUAUCACUUCCUAAUUCUUAAACUUCAUCAGCACCAGAACACUUAAUUCUCUUCAAUUUCCUUUUUUACUUUUCUCUCUUUCCCCUUUAUUCUGUCAUCCUUUUUUUCCCUUCCCUUCUUUCUGGUUGUGCUGCUUUUCUAGUAAUCUGUCCCAUUUUCAAGUUAUAAUAUUUCCUCUUGCCAAAUCUGUUGCUUAUGUCUUGCCAUGAAUUUCAAAAUAUAAGACAUUGGCAAAGCCUCCUACAGAAUCAUCAAAGGUGUCAACAAAUCCAGACUGAUACCCUUCCAGUCUCACUUCCAGUGGAAGGCAUAUAGGAGUGAUGGUUCCCCCUGCGUCCUUGCAGCCAUUGACAUUUCUUUCUGCUUCCACUAUUUGGUCUUGGGCACUGGAGAAAAAGGAAGCCAAGAGAAUAUGAAAUUUGCCUAGCCAAAUGCUAUGGAACCAAAGAAUAAGAUGACUCACAUCUGUUUAACUUGAACUCUUAUGCAAAAAUCCUAAUCGUGUCGCAACACGGGACCAGUUACUGUGUCUAUCGGGUCAUUUGGGAAUGAGGUAGGAUACUGGAGCUGGGAGGCUAAUGGGGUCCAGAGCUGCAUAAUGGGGAUCGGAUGUUGGUACUCCUCCCAGGGAGCUCUCAGGACGGCUGUUUGUCAUGGGCUCCCAAGUGCCUAAGCCAUGCCUUACGACUGCUGCACUUACCAUUUGUCAUAUGAUGGCACUUGACUACAUAUGGCUUUAGAAAUAAAAUAACCCUCAAAACUACCAUUUAUUGAGUGCUUACACUGUUCCAGGCAGCAGCGAAUCUUAUGAGACUGAUAUACUGUUAUUUCCAUUUUAAAGACGAGAGAAACAGGCUUUAGAGAAGUAAGGUAUUUGCCUAAAAUCACAUAGCCAAGAAUUGACAGUGUUCAUAUUCAAACCCAGGUUAAUCUGACUCAGGAGCCCACACUGUUAACCACUAUGCUUUCUCACUGCCCUGUGCUAUGUGUAAGGCCCUGAAUCUGCCAGCAAUUUGCCCAGCAUUCUGGAGGAUGCCCCAAGGGAGGCAUGCCCAACUCACAGGUUCAGGCUAAAUCUCUCCAGCCUCAAGGGCCUCUCUGGGUACCCCCCGCUCAAGUCUACCUGCAUCUUUUAUGCAUUCAUAGAGAAGGGCAUUGCUCCAGCUUGGAGUACCAGCCAUAGUCCUCUUCAUUUUUCAUGACAGAAAAAAGUUGGCAGGACCCUCCUUCCCUUCCCCAACUCCUCCUGAUUCGCAAUGUUCAAAUUAGCACAUUUUCACAAGACCUCAUAUCUCCCAGGCCUCCAAGCUGCAUGACAACAAUGACAUUUACUUUAACUGACUUUUCUCAAAGGACUGAAAAGAAAUAAUAUUAGAGGAAAUGCUAUACCUUGAUGGUUCUCUAUGUUGGUUGGUAGUGUUAGCACCUGGGAAAGCCCCGUUAUUCCCAAAGCACUACAUAUAGACUAUGGGAUCAAGAGCCAAUAUAACACUUCUAGAAGGCAGGAUCCCUAACCUUCUCCCAGUCACCAGGCUCUUAAUGCUAUUUUCUUGGGUGUUUCAAUUUCAGUCUGUCUAUUCUCUUCUCUUUAGCUCUGUCUGUUGCUCAAAUUCAAGUAAGUUUCUACUUAGCUGCUUUUGAAACAUAAUCAGUUUUCAUUCCUAAAUCCAAGGUGAUAAAUUAUACACAAAUAUAAUAAUACAUUUAUGAAGGGCUGGCAGUGUUCAUUUAUCUCUGCUUCCACGCGCCCCUUAUGCACUUUUAUCCAGAUAAUUUUUUAAUUUCCUCAAUAUUUCUUCAAAAUUUGAGAUAGACUCUCAUUUUCUUCUUGCAAUGAAAACUAAAUUAUGACAUGCUCAAUGAGCCUGUGUGGUUGAUUGAAUUCAGCUAUAAAAUCAAACCAGCAAUUGCUCAGAGCAGAUGAAGAAAUUCUCUAUUAAUUCUAAAAUGAGUUUUUACUCAACACAGACCACGGUUGAAAAAAACAAAAUGAUUUCUUCUCAUGUACCUGAUUUCAUUGCCUGCCUAGCUCCUUUUUCCCUGAGUCCUGGAACCUUCACCGACCUGGAUGAAUGGUCACAUGGCCUGGUGGCUUAAUCUUUUGAGUUUGCCCGUUCCAAGAACAGGCUCAACUCUCUCACAUUAAAUGUGAUCCAAAAGCCAGAGAGUGCGGUGAGGCCAAGCUCUCUUUGUUGCGUUCUCUCCCUGCUUUGUAGAGAUAACUCUGCCCCGAUGCUGGGGUUUGUAGUUCAGUAAGGAAAUGGCCCACUAACUUUUUCUCAAUUUUCCAAGAAUUUUAGAGAAUGACUGGCACCCAGCAAAACAAAGAAGGCUGUUAUCUCCCCUUCCUUUAUUGUCCUGUCUACUUCAUGGUGUAACGCCUCCACCACUCCAGACAUCCACUUUCAGCCUGGUUCAGCUAAGCUAUGGAAAAUAUUUUAAAUGGAAUGGAGAAAUGUAAAAUUUGCCAUGAAAGUAAAGAUUUGUUUAAAUCUUAGAAAUACUCCUCUUGU